AAAGAGCCUUCUUUGGCAGCACAUCUCGAAGCACACACGCGUUACGCCUCACCGAAGCACACACGCGUUACGCCAGCACCAUGUCUGACACCAUCCCGACCAUGAAACUGAAGCUCCACCGCGUCGACGGCAGCCUCGAAGUGCGCCGCGUCGGCCUCCGCGCCAACACUCUCGAAGCGCUGCGCGCGGCCGUCGACGCCACGUUCCCGGACCUCGAGGGCAAGUACGACCUGUUGUACGUCGACGCGGACGGCGACACCUGCACGCUCAAGACGGAUGAGGAGCUGGCCAUCUCCUUCAUCGCCCGCAGCGACGGCGCCGCGGUCUUCCACGUCGUGCCGUCGCGCGCGCCCGCGAGCGUGCACGUCGGCGUCACGUGCGACGACUGCGGCAUGUCGCCCAUCCGCGGCUUCCGCUUCAAGUGCACCGUGCGGCCCGACUACGACCUCUGCGGCCGCUGCGACGCGCGGGACCCCGAGUCCUUCCCGAAGAUCAAGCUCUCGGAGCCGAAGCGGCGGUGGGCCCGCGACGGCGAGAAGUGGCGCCGCGAGAAGCAGCGGACCUGCGGCGGCGCGAAGCCGUGCGAGGGCACCCUCUCCGCGGAGUUGAAGCAGAAGGCCGCGGAGAUGAUGGGCGACGGCGACGCGGCGAAGGGCGCCGCGCUCUUCGCGGAGCUCCGCGCCAAGGCCGCCGAGGCGAUGCGCGACGGCGACGCGGACACGGACGUCAUGGCCGAGAUGGCGAAGAAGUUCCAGGAGCGCGAGGGCGCGGACGGCGAGCCGCCCUGCGCGUUCAUGGCCGAGAUGGCCGAGAAGUGGCGCGCGGCGGCGCGCGAGGCGGACGCCGACGCCGACGCGGUCCGCGUGGCGACGUCCGAGAGCCUCGAGACCGCCGCCGCCGGCGCGGAGACGCCCGCGGCCGCGGAGCCGACGGGCGCGACGGAGCUCGGCCUCGACCACGUGCGCCUGGCCACGCAGGCGUCCCUCGAGACCGCCGCGAAGGAGCACGGCGCGGCCGAGGAGGCCAAGGAGCCGCCCGCGCCGCCCGCGGAGGCGGCGUCGCCGUCGUCCGAGUGGGAGGAGUUCAUCUCCUCGGACACGGCCGGCGUCUUCGAGGCCCUCAAGCAGCUCGAGGAGAUGGGCUUCGUCGCGAAGAACGGCUUCGAGAAGGUCCUCAAGGCCGUCCAGAAGCACCACGCGAAGGACGGCAUCGACCUCAACGCGGCCAUCGCCGACCUCCUCCAGGCGCUCAAGUCGCCGCUCAACGCCGCCCAGGUCGCCGCGCCGAGGCCCGACGCCCAGAUCGCCGCGCGGUCCCGCGGCGCGCCGCGAUGCUCGCGCACGCAGCGCACGAAGCUCUCGGCGACCCGCGACGGCGCGCAGCGGCGGCGGCUGCUCGUCGGCGGCGGCGGCGCCGUGCUCCUGAGCCCGCUGCAGAAAGCGCUCGCGCUGCCGGCGGCGGCGGCCCCGCGCGUCGUCUGCGACGGCUUCGCCGUGGCAGCGACGGACGACCGCAAGUACCGCCUCGUCGAGCUGGCGUCGGGCAUGCGCGUGCUGCUCGUGAGCGACGCGCGCGCGGAGUCGGCGGCGGCGGCCGUCGACGUCCACGUGGGCCACAUGUCGGACCCGGCGGGCUACCCGGGCCUGGCCCACUUCUGCGAGCACAUGCUCUUCCUCGGGAGCGAGACAUUCCCCGGCGAGGACGACUGGGAGCGCUUCGUGUCCGACAGCGGCGGAUCGAGUAACGCGUACACGGACACCGAGGACACGUGCUACUUCUGGGAGCUGCCCGACGCGGCGAAGCUCGGCGCGGCCCUGGCGCGCUGGGGCCCCUUCUUCGCGUCGCCCCUCUUCGCGGCGGACGCGACGCGCCGCGAGGUCGAGGCCAUCAACAGCGAGCACUCGAAGAACUUGAAGAGCGACGCGUUCCGCGUCUACCAACUUGAAAAAAGCCUCUUCCCGGCGGCGCACCCCUUCUCCAAGUUCGGCACGGGCAACCGCACGACCCUGCGGCCGCCCGACGGCACCGGCGAGCCGCCGCGGGGCGCGCUCGUGGAGUUCUACGGCGAGCACUACGUCGGCGACCGCAUGGCGGGGGUGGUGUGCGGCCGCGAGCCGCUCGACGCGCUGACGAAGCUCGCGGCCGGUGCCUUCGCCGGCGUGCGCAGGCGGGACACGCCGGAGACGCGCGUCGCGAGCCUGCCGAGCGCGUCGUGGCUCGCCGUCGACCCGACGCCGGACACGAGAGACGGCGCGCUCGUCGUCUCGUCCAUCUCGUCGCAGCGGUCGCUCACGCUCAAGUGGAUCGUGCCCUUCGAGGGCGAGGACGCCGCCGCCGUCCAGGCGUCGCGGCUCCGGGACCGCUUCGCGAAGCCCGACCUGUUCCUGUCGCACGUGCUCGGCCACGAGGGCCCGCAGUCUUUACUCGCGGAUUUAAGGCGCCGCGGCCUCGCGGUGGGCCUCGGCGCGGGCGGCGGCGAGGACACGGACCAGUUCAAGUCGCUCGACGUCGGCGUGGACCUGACGCCCAAGGGUUUGAAGGAGUGGCGGCGCGUGGCGAAGAUCUGUUUGGCGUACGUCGCGGGCCUCCGCGCCGCGAAUCGCUGGCCGGACCACGUCUUCGACGAGACGGCGACGAUGGCGAACCUGGCCUGGACCUGGGGCGACACGCCGGAGCUGAAUUCGUUGGCGACGGGCCUCGCGCCGAAGCUGCAGACCGUCGCGUACUCGGGGGACGCGACCGACGUCGCGGACGUGCUCCGCCUCGACCGCGCGCCGCGGGCCCGGUCGAACGACGACCGCCGCGCCGACGUGCGGCGCGUGCUCGACGACUUGGAGCGCAUCGCGCCGCUGGUCACCGUGCUCGCGCCGGAGCCGGAGAUCGACGGCGGGGUCACGGGCGGCGCGAAAAGACGGACCGAGCCCAUCUACGGCACGGCCUACUACCGCGCGCCCUUCGCCGCCGACGCGUCGCCGCCGACCUCGGACCUCUUCCCCGUGCCCAACGCCUACGUGCCCACGCGCGCGCUCGCGCCGCUGCACCCGCGGAAGAAGCGCGUCGCGCUAAGCGACCUCGGCCCGCCUUUGGCCUACGCGGAGACGGACGCGUGGCGCCUCUGGCACAAGGAGGACGAGAUCUUCGGCCUGCCGCGCGCCGCCGUGCUCGUGCUCGUGCGGAGCGGCGCCUUCGGGUACACCGCGCGCGACGCGGUCUACGCGCGCGUCUGGCGGUCCUUGGUCAACGACGCGCUCCGCGACGCGGACUACGACAGCGGCGCGGCGUCCUACGACGCGGCGCUCGCCGGCCUCGAGUGGACGCUUUCCAGCGGCCCGCGGGGCGUCGCGCUGACCUUCGGGGGCUUCGACGACAAGCUGGGGGCCUUCGCGACGCAGACCGCGAAAGCUCUGAGGAACCUGGACGCCGUCGACUACGCGUCGCGCGACGGCGGCGCGCCGCUGCAGCGCGUCGUCGACGCCGUGGACCGCGAGAUCGCGCGCGACGCCGUCGCGCCGCCGUCCGCGCGGUCCGUGUCGGAGCUCGGGCUUUUGACGGAGACGCCCAAGUUCGACGUGCCCGCGCUGAAGAAGGCGUUGGACGCGGUGUCGCUCGAGGGCCUGCGGUCCUGGCUCGACGACAAGGGCGGCGUCUGGGGCUCGGGCGGCGACGUCGAGGUCCUGGCCCAGGGGAACCUGCGGAAGAGCGACGCCGCGAAGCUCUCCGGCGAACUUCGCGACGUCCUGCGGCUCUCGAAGACCGACGCGUCGACGGACGCGCCGCUGGGCGUCCUCGAGGUGCCCGCGCGCGACACGGGCGUCCUCGUGAAGCGCACGAAGGCCCCCCAGGCCGACGAGUCGAACUACGCGGCGCUGCUGUCGUUCCAGACGGGCACGGGACCCGACGCGCGCGCGCGGACGCUCGCGCUCAACGCGGUCCUCGAGGCGCCCUUCUACGACGAGCUGCGCACGAAGAAGCAGCUCGGCUACGUCGUCCAGUCGGCGGCGCGCGCGCGCGAGAACUGCUCGAGUCUGGUGUUCCUCGCGCAGAGCAACAAGGACGACGCGGAGAGCCGCGCGCCCGACGACCUCUACGGCUACAUGAAAUCCUUCCUCGCGACGUCGGCGCCCAAGGCCCUCGCGGCGCUCGACGCGGCGAAGCUCGGCUCCGUCGCCGACGGCCUCGCGCGCCAGCUCGAGGAGACGCCGAAGACCCUGGCCGCGGACGUCGGCCCGCACUGGGAGGAGAUCGUCGCCGGCACCGCGGACUGGGGCAAGCGCCGCGCGCUCGCGAAGGCGCUCCGCGCGCUCACGCCCGACGACGUCCGAACCUUCUUCGACACCCGCAUCGCCGCGGGCGCCGAGCGCCGGCCGCUCCUCGUCCUCGUCGACAAGGGCGCGCCCAAGGCGCCCGCGGCGCCGAGCCUCGGCGCCGACGACGGCGACGUGCCCGCGGGCUACGCCGCGUCGCGCCCGCUCUAUAACAAGACGACUCACCGGAGAACACAUCGAACAGCGCCGCUCCGCGCCGCGCCCGACGAGCUCGUCCCCGCGGCGAUCUCCCUCGCCGCCGGCUGCCUCGGCGGCUCCAUCGGCGUCGGCGUCGCCUACCCGCUGGACACGAUCAAGGUCAAGAUCCAGACCUAUAACAGCCGGGCGCUCGCCGACGGCGGCGGCGCUCCCCGGAAGCGGAACGUCAUCAGGAGCGUGCUCGACGAGGAGGGCGUCGCCGCGUUCUACGCCGGCGUCCUUCCGACGAUGGCCGGCCAGGCGCUGAUCAAGGGCGUCGUGUUCCUGGUCUACGAUUCGGCGAAGCGCUUCUUCGCGCCGGCGGCCUGCGGCCUCACGUCCUGCGGCGUCGGCCUCGCGCUCGCGGCGUGCGCGUCCGGCGCGGCGGGCGGCUUCGUCUGCACGCCCGUCGAGCGGCUCAAGGUCGUCAUGCAGGCGGGCUACGCCGGCGGGCCCCUGGCGUGCUUCCGCGACAUCAUCGCGCAGGACGGGGUGUCGGGCCUGCUGACGCGGGGCCUCGGCGCGACGCUCGCGCGGGAGAUCCCCGCGUACUUCUUCUACUUCAGCGCGUACGAGGUCGUGUCCGGCGCGCUCGCGGGCAGCGUGCCGGCGGCGCUGAUCCCGUUGCUCGGCGGCGCGACCGCCGGCGCCGCGUCCUGGGUGCCCGUCUACCCCAUCGACGUCGUCAAGACCGCGGUCCAGUCCGAGACGGGCGCCGCGGGCGACGGCGCCGGCGCGCUCGACGUCGCCCGGGCGCUCUACAGGCAGGGCGGCGUCGGCGUCUUCUGGGACGGCAUCUCGCCGAAGCUCGCGCGCGCCGUCGUCAACCACGCGGUCACGUUCCUCGUCUUCGAGCAGACCUGCAGCCUGUGGCUCGCCGCGGGCGUCUGA